AUGACUGAGGUCGGAGCUGCCGAUCUAUCAAGGCUGCUUCAAUCAAAGCGCAAUGAGUGCAGUUCAAUCGUGACGUCGCGGAAGCGAAAGCUUCGCGAACUGUUCGCUGUUGCGACACAGUCCGAGGGUCUGCCGCACCCAGUCUUAACCAACCCCGACGCGCCGACCACAACACCAGCUGAAUGGCAAUUUUUGCAAGCCAAUGAUAUUAUCCAAAGCAAGACGCUGAAUGAAGCCAGCAUCCCAACGAGGCCAAACUUUUCGCUAGAAGUGUUCAAGAAAUCUCUCGCAAAGUCGAUAUUCAUUGCCAAUGAAUCUGCACCGAAGCAAACGUCGGAGGAAGCAAACGAAUCGCAUAUAACGGAUGCGCAGGACGAACAACAAUCCAACAGGGCACCUUUACCUACAAAAGCCGAUGAUGCUGCUGCUUCAACAAGGCCUUCAACCCCCGAGGUUUCAACAGAGCCAGCUACGACCGCCAACACCGUUCUCCCAUCUGCCACAAAUGCACAAGCUGUGCUCCCACCUACCGAUGCGAUUGUAAAGCCGAUACCGACAGCCUCUCAGGAUGUUCCUACCCCUACUGACGCCAAUACGAAUCCAAUCACGAACGGAGAGAACCCUGCCGAUUCGAACGAAGGCGCAUCCGUACCGCGCCAACCUCAAGUCACCUUUGAAUCAGGAACGAAGGGCGAGCAUAUUGAAGCUGGAACGUCCUUGUCAGCGAAGCCUGGUCAGGGGGUCGUGGAUUCUGCUGUGACUACAGGCGUUUCUUCAACAGUCAAGCCGUCUGCCGAUGUUACUCGUCCCGCCGAUGCAUUAUCUUCGCCUGGUUCAACAGCACAAAGUGCGACUACUCCCGCGGUGCAUGACGAUGCUUCCACAGAUACAAGUCCGGAACAUGAGGGGCCACAGUAUGUCGAGCCAGCAGAACAGGAAAAGACCGACGAUGGCGUCUAUGAGAGAGGCACAGAUAAACAUCAUCAGAGUCAGGAAAGUGAUGAUGUUCGAGCUUCAACCAAAGACCUGGAAGACCGUGUAUUGGAAGCACCCCCAGAAUCUGCCGAAGCCCAGCUCCUCCAAGAAUCUAUCCGAUCGAGCGUUGCAGCAGAGAUAGAGACAGCACGGACCUCAGCGAGCACUAGCCAUGAAGCAGACGCUGCCAUAUCAGCACCAGUGUCUGAGGAUGUUAAUAUGUCGGGUAUUGAUGAUAGAGUUGUCAAGGCUGCGCCCACAGUUAGUGGAGGGGCCGAGGAGAAGCAUGUUCAGCAAGUACUUGAUACUGAUGCGAAACCCGCCUCAGCGACUGGUACACCUGCAGAAGCUUCGGCUAAUAAGGAAAUUCCGGACAGUCAAGAGGAACCCCCUGAACAGAUGGACGUGGAUGCGCCUGAACCUAAAGCAAGUACUGAAAGUCAAACCGGGGCGCCCAUAUCACCCGAGAAGUUAGAUGCAGCCGAUGGCCGGCCUGCACCUGCUCCACAGCAUAUAACUGAGCCCAUUGCACCUGUCGAGUCUGUUCGUCAAGAUUCGCCUCCGAAGGUUGAGCGUGCUGUCACUAGAGUUUCGUCUGGGGCGAUGCGCCCAAAGUCUGUCAGUGAAAUUGUUGGCGUGACCCCUCGCCAAACCCCGACGCUGGAACAUAUUUCUACCAACAAGAGCUCAAACAAUCAGCUGACUCCUCUAACUUCUACUCCUAAAUCACCGACCCUGAGACAUCGUCAUAUUUCCGCUCAUCAAAGACAGAGAUCCCGCAGCCAGCCCUCGACGGUUGUUUUCGGUAAGCAGUCCAAGAAGGGUGAAGAAAGGUCAAUGGUGCCCAGUCAGCGUGACACGAUUCUUCCGACCGAAGACUACUACACCCCUCUUUUUGUUCAGGGCUUUGCUGGUAGUUCAUCAUGGAUGCAACCGAUCGAGAAAGUUCUAUACACAGCCAACAAGACCGUUACGACGCCGGACGCCAACCUCGCCAUCCAGGACCACCAAGCAUGUAAGGUUUUGCGGCGCGUCUACCAUCUCCAGCAGCAUGAUAAAUGGUCCCUGCGGCAACCCAAACGCUGCCCUGAGCCUACUCGCCCCCCAUCUCACUGGGAUGUCGUGCUGCAAGAAAUGAAAUGGAUGCGAACAGAUUUCCGAGAGGAACGAAAAUGGAAGAGAGCUGUAGCCAAGAAUCUCGCAUAUGCUUGUGCAGAAUGGCAUGAAGCUACCCCUGAGGAGCGGAAGGCGCUGCAAGUUCAAGCUGUUAUCCCCUCCAGUAUUAAGCCUGCAACCGAUGUCGACAUGGUUGAUGUCGAGGGUGCAAACCACUCUACUCCUGAUCUGGUCGCUAGCGAAGAUGUCGAAUCUAUCGACAAUCUGGAUGAUCUUACCGAAGACUUCCCCGAGACAAUAGCUCCAUCCGCCAUAUUCAACCUUCAAGACGAGGAUGUCGUUUUCGGUCUACGUCGAACUGCCGCUGCAGACCAGCUUUUGGAGGAGCUCCCUAUGUUCGGAGCACCUCUUCAGGUCCCUAAGUUCGAUCUUACAGGUCCCGAAUGGGAUCCCGACGCUCAUUGGCGACGACCAGCUCUGCCCUUGAGCAAGUAUGUCGAGGGUCACAUGAAGUUGGUUUCAGAUGGCCCACCAAGAAAGCGCAGUCGGUAUAAUUAUCAAAACGAAGAUUCUGACGAUGAAGGCGAGGCUGGUUUUGUUAGCAACGAUUCCACGCCCAGUCUUCCCUUACCACCGGUUACCGACGAGGUUGCUUUAUUUAACCCUGAGAUGAAGCAUAUUCGCGAUCGCUUAUACGUUGGCCAUCAAUUCCGACCACCUUCAGAGUACCCCAUGCCCUCUCAAAGUUUCUUCGAAUGUCGCAGCCCCUCACAAUGGACCAUUGCUGAGGACGAUGAACUUCGGAGCCUUGUCCGGGAGCAUUCUUAUAACUGGUCCCUCAUUUCUAGUAUACUUGCACCUAGAUCCAUUUUCAACUCUGGUGCAGAGAGACGCACUCCUUGGGAAUGCUUCGAGAGGUGGAUCAAUCUGGAAGGACUCCCAGCGGACAUGUCAAAGACACAGUACUUCAAGGCUUACAUGGGUCGCAUUAAUCAAGCCCAGAAUUUUAUUAACAUGCAGAACCAGGCGAUGGCACAGCAGGUCAACCAGGCCAAUGGAGCAGUCACUCCUGGGCGACGAAGACCUCAAUCUAUUCCCAUCAGAGUGGAGAGGCGACGUAACCAGAAACAUCUCACGAUGCUUGAUGCCAUGCGUAAGCUGGCAAAGAAACGGGAGACAACAGCGCAGAAGCAGCAACACGCGGCAUCGCAGAAUGCUGCCAACAAAAAGACCAACGAGUCUGCAUCACAACGCCCAACGAAAACACCAGGAGAAUACAGCAGGCUACGCUACGAAAGAGACCAAGCUCUGGCAGAAAAGAUGGCGCAGUUUGCGUCAAGGCAAGAGGCUCAAAGACGAGCCGUUUUGCAAGCCAGAGUUCAAGGUCAAGCUGCCCAAAUGGCUGCUGGUACCCCUGGAGCCGUGCAGGCCGGUCAGAAUUCAGCGCAAGCUGCUGCCGCCGCCGCCGCUGCAGCAGCGGCAGCCAACGGUAUGAACGGUGUUGGCCGUGUUAAUGUCCCUAACCAACUCGCGGCGGCCGCUGCAGCCGCUGCAGGACAAGCUCGUCCACGAAUGCCCAUGCAAUCAACUGCUACUGCUGGUAUGGGAGGUGUGCCAGCUCACAUGGCUGGUGGGCUUGUGCCCCCGAACCAGAUGACUGGUGUGCAACAAGCACAACUGCAGGCAAUGCAGGGGCAACACAACCGUAUGCCCAUGCCAAACCCCCCGCCUGAUGUUAGCUUAAUGAUGCGUGCCCAACGUAUCUCUGAACAGCAACGGGCUGCACAGAUGCAUGCUCAAGGCGGUCCUGGCACCCCUGGUCAAGGGGCAGCAGGCGCCCAGCAGAGUCCUCCUGCCCAGAUGCGGAACGCAAUAAAUGGUGUCAACGGCAUCAGCGGCAAUCCAAUGAAUCAACAGAGUUUCCUUAAUAACGCGCAGGCGAUGAUGGCUCAGUUCAACCAGGGCAAUCUUAGCUCACCACAGCCAAACGGCCUCCAUAUGCCAUCUGGCCCUGCAGGCUCAAUAGCCCCGCGACCACAAACGCAACUCCCACCAGCUAUCCUGGCUCAACUGAACCAGCUCGAGGCACAAUUUCGCGCUAAAAACCCCAGCCUUACCUCUGAGCAGGCCCGUCAGCUAGCCACAGAACACUUAACACGGCUCAUGAUGGCGCAACGCUCUGCGAUGAACUCUGCUGCUGGCACGGCUGGUCAAGGCGGACUUGCUGGCAGUAUUGCAGCCACAACUAGCCCUCACCAAUAUGCCGCGCUACUUCGACAACAACAGCAGCAACAAGCAAGUGCAGCAGCGGGCAGCCCCGGACAACAACAUCAGCAGCCUCACCAAGCUCAACAUCAGCCCCAACAGCAACAGUCUCAGCAGCAGCAAGCGCAGGCGAAACAACAGCAGCCUCAGCAACAGGUCCAGGCCCAGGUUCAGGCACAGGUCCAACAACAUCAAGUACAACAGCAGCAACAGAGGCAGGCAAGCGGUAGCGCUACACCCUCGGCUGGCUAG